GAUAAACAAACAGCGGAAAAUUUCGUGUCCAACGGAAUCUCUUAAACUUUCAACUGUUUUUGACUCUUAAUGAUGGAAAUAGAAGUAACUGAGCCCCAAGCCAGUGACGAUAGCCGAUUCAACACGCUACGGCACUCGACACAGGAAAAAUCUCCCAAAAAAUAUGAAGCAGCUAAAGUUGCUGAAGAAGAUUUACGGCAAAAAUUGGAGUCAACACCGUCCUUUGAUGAGAAAUCCUUUCAUGACGUCAUUGUUUCUCUGUUAUCGAUGAAAAAUACGCUCUCUGAUGCCCGCUUCGUACGUUUCCUGUUCAUCACUGCGCCAACGAAAUCUGUCUCGGAAAAAACUUUGGAUCACAUUUUUGCUCACAUCCUAUCGACGCCAAAAAUCACAAAAUUCUUUCCAAAAAUCAGAGGAUGUCUUCACUACUUGGUUGGCUUGCUGAAAUACGAAAUAAUUGACAGUUAUGAUUUGCGUGGGCAAUAUCCUUUCUACUACAACUUGUUAGAUUAUCCGAAUUUGGAGACGUCUGUCGCAGAACUCAUUUAUCACACAACCACUUAUGACAACAUCAAUCCGUGGCUCGUGGAUAAGGUUCAACGGUUGUACCGAAAGAAGGAAAGUCUUCCUUUGAGAGCUUUAUUACAACUUUUCGGGCGACUCCGUUUAAAUAUCGUCUCUUUGCUCGAUUUGCCGAAAGUAAAAGACGAGAUUAAUUCUUUCGGUGCCAUGAAUCACGUUUUGACAAAAACUCUCGAACGAAUUGCGUCUCCUGAAACGCUGGCAAAACUAAAGAAACAUCCGACAAUGACUUUUCCUGACUAUGCCCAACUUCAAAUUGCCUUGCGAUCCAAAACGUAUCCGAGAAGUGUGCGAUAUUAUGCGGAAUAUGACGACUUGGCAGAAUUGCUGGAGGAGUAUUUGCGAUCGUCUUACGACAUGUUCCAGAGUUCUUAUGACGCGCUUUUGUCAAAUCGAUACAAUUUUGUGUUGCUCGGAGUUCUUGGACAUUUAUUGAACGAUCAGGCUCGUUUUUAUGUUCGACACAUUUGGAAGUCAAUUAAGGAAGGAGAUUUGAAUGAAAAGGAGAUCAAACUGUUUUUGACGAAUUUAUAUCAACUUUAUCUCGUUUUUGAUCAUGAUGUGUUCGGACUUCGUGAGGAUUUGUACAAUUUCAUGGAAAACAAUGACUUUUUCACUUACAUCAAAGAGAUACUGAAACUCGUGCCAUUGGUAUCGUAUCCGGAAUAUGACAUUUUCUUCAAAUAUUGCCUCGAAGUCUUGUACAAAAAUUUCAUCAUUGGCGCGCAACACAAACAAUCCGUCUUCAUGUCGAGCAUCAUUAAAGCCUUAUCACACCUUUUGUAUAACACGUACAAAGUAAAGUCGGACAAUUAUCGCGUACCUUUCUUAUUCGUAAAUGCCGAAGAGCGCGAAGUCAUGUCCGACAUGGAUUUAUCAAUUGCCAUCACCGCAUCGCAACACAUAUGCAAAAUUCUCGUCAACGUUGCUCACGGCGAUUUUCGCGCAAUGCUCAGUGUCAUGCAAUUUUACGAGGCUUUGAGCGACGGAGAGGAAUUACACAAAAUUAACGUUUUGAAUAUCGUUCCAACCGAAAUUUUCUAUGCUUUUGUGAUAAAUCCAAAUAGUUUGUUGCUCGAUCGUUAUGCAAUGCUCAUCAUUUCACUUUUGAUGCUUGCCGACAUGUAUGACGUGCCACCUAAAGAUAGUGGCAUCAUUGAAGUCAAUUCCCAAGCAAACGAAUUAUACGCUUUUCUGUUUCGAGAUCCUUUCGCGUCGAAAUUCAUUCAAAAGCGGAAAAUCAUUCGAAACAGCAAAAUGUUCAAGAAUAUUUUUGACAUGCAAAACCUUCAACGAGUUUACGUGCUGAAAAAUAAUCUUGCAUUCAAGCACUUUUCGUCGAAACUUCCUGCCAAAACAUCCGGCGACGAUUGGACGUCGUACAAACGUAAAUUUCCCAAUUUAAUGACACUUUUGUCGCACAUCCUCGCACCGGGAAAGAAGAAAAAGUAAUUUUUUGUACAAAAAAUAAAGUUAAAUUGUUGUAAAAUUUAUUCGUUUGACGUUUCGUCAGUGUCGACUGCAAAAUUAAACUGAAAUCCUGAUCCACUCGAAGGCAAAUCAAUCUUUGAAGGAGCAACAACGGAACUUUUUUCCACUUUUUUCUCA